GAGCAUAGACAGCGCCUCGGCGUUUUUCCACUCCAGCCUUACCGAACGAGAGAUCGGACUGGCAAACAACGCCUCCUGCACGGUGUGGAUAGAUUAAGCAGACUUAUUUGAGAUUAUAGUUAGUUGUUUUUUUAUUUUGUCACCGUGCUUCAUAUCGGCACAAUGACAGCCCUGUCGCUGCUUUUGAUGGCCGUGUCGGCCGCAUCUGUACUGGCCGAGUCUACUGUGUAUUUGCGAGAGCAAUUUGAAGACGGGGAUGCCUGGACGAGUCGCUGGGUGGAAUCCAAGCACAAGUCUGACUACGGCAAGUUUGUCCUGACUGCUGGGAAGUUCUAUGGAGAUGCAGAGAAAGACAAAGGUCUUCAGACGAGCCAGGAUGCCCGCUUCUACGCCUUGUCGUCCCGUUUUGAUGACGUCAGCAACCAGGGCGAGCCUCUUGUCAUCCAGUUCUCCGUGAAACAUGAGCAGAGCAUUGACUGUGGCGGAGGCUACAUUAAGCUGUUCCCCUCUGGCCUCAACCAGGAGGACAUGCAUGGAGACUCAGUCUACAACAUCAUGUUUGGUCCUGAUAUUUGUGGCCCUGGCACAAAGAAGGUUCAUGUCAUCUUCAACUACAAAGGCAAGAAUCAUCUGAUUAACAAGGACAUCAGAUGCAAGGAUGAUGAGUACACCCACUUGUACACACUGAUUGUCAACCCCGACAACACUUAUGAGGUCAAGAUCGACAAUAAGAAGGUCGAGUCCGGCAAUCUGGAGGAUGACUGGGACUUCCUGCCCCCCCAAAAAAUUAAGGACCCUGAAGCCAAAAAGCCAGAGGACUGGGAUGACAGGGAGAAGAUUCCCGAUCCUGACGAUAAGAAACCAGAGGACUGGGACAAGCCUGAGAACAUCCCAGAUCCUGAUGCUAAGAAGCCUGAUGACUGGGAUGAUGAGAUGGACGGAGAGUGGGAGCCACCUAUGGUCGCUAACCCUGAUUACAAGGGUGAGUGGAAGCCCAGAGAGAUCAACAAUCCUGCCUACAAAGGCAAGUGGAUCCACCCUGAGAUCGACAACCCGGAGUACACAGCCGAUUCUGAGAUCUAUAAAUACGACAGCAUCGGCGUGAUUGGCCUUGACUUGUGGCAGGUCAAGUCUGGCACUAUCUUCGAUAACUUCCUAAUCACCAAUGACCCAAACCUGGCAGAGGAAGUAGGCAACGACACAUGGGGUAAAACUAAGGACCCAGAGAAGAAGAUGAAGGAAAGCCAAGAGGAGGAGGAGAGAAAGAAGCGCGAGGAGGAGGACAAUAAGAGGAGAGAAGAGGCGAAGGAGGAAGACGAGGAGGAAGAUGAGAAGGAGGAGGAGGAGGAGGAGGAAGACGAAGAAGAGGAAGAGGGGGAAGAGCAGGAGGAGGACGAAGAGGACGACGAAGGCACAGACUCUAAACUCAAGGAUGAGUUAUAAACUCCAUACAGGAGGUGCUCAGAAAAUAACCAGACUGUGUCAAUGAGCCAUCAGAGCGAGGCUGCUGAGUGAGAUGAUAGACCCUCGUGAUUGACACCCUGGGGAGGGGGUUGGGGUGGGAUGUGGUUUUUCAAUUCUUUGUUUACAAGCAAGGGAGUAGGUAAAAAAGGGCAAUUAUUGUUCUGUUUCCUGUUUCCGUGUGCUACUACUACUACUAUUAUCAUUAUGAUGAUUAUUAUUAUAUUACACUGUUAUUAAAUGAGAAAUAGUGAUGAAAAAAAUGAAGAUGUCAUAACGAAUGUCAAGACAGGAAAUCAUCAAACUAAACUGUGUCACAGUUUAUACCCAACAGAAAUGUAUACAUUGAUAUUUGUGUUCUGCAAAGAUCUGGCUUUUAUGAAGUAUGAUGUUGUGGUGGUGAAAAAAAGCUAUAUUUGGUUUGUGGUUGAUACCACGAAAAUGUUUUUUUUACCUCAUGUGCUUUGUUUGUCUUAUUAAUCAGUGUCACAUGUUUUUUGUUUUGUUUGUUUCGUUUUUGUUAUUCUAUGUUACAGUCAGUUAUGUCCGUCUGUAUCAAGAUCCCCCUUUCGUGGCCCCUUUUAAAUAGCUACGUCAAAUCUCAAAGGAUUCGACAGGGUCAGACAUCAUCAUAGACAUCAUUAGACAUCGUUGUGCAGGUUAUCUUGCCUGCUCUUAUUCAAACCUCUCUGAUUCAGACAAGGGUUAAUGGCAUGGGGACUAGAGUGCCUCAGGACUGACAUGUGUUUGACAACCUGAUCAAAAAAAGCUGUCGCUCAUAGGAUGGUGAUAUGGGGUGCUUUAAGACGAAAUCCCUUGCAUAGUUUUGUACUGUAUAGUUAACACUUUUUCACUUCAGCACACAUAGCUGUAGUCUCGUGUGUCUAAGUAAACUGUGCUCAAACUCAGAUGUGCAUUAGGAGCACACCAGUAGCAGGAAAGCUUCCGCUCAUUUGGUACGCGUUCACUUUAGGUUUACCCGUAGUCAGUGUACACAACCAGUCUGUUAAUUUCUGAUGCUAAUAUCUCAAUACUGCUGUAAUCCAACACACCGUCUCAAACAGUCUGAAAGAUGAUCCUUUUGUAAAAGACGCAUUUUUUACUAAUGGUAGUGACUGAAGUGGGAAGAUUUUCAUGUUGCUGUGUUAAAAAACAAAACAAAAACAAAAACAAAGACAGGUGCUCUGUCCAAUAAAAACAACUGGAAGGAAAUGAGCAGAAGUCUUCCUCAAUUUAGUUUUUUAUUUUUAUUACUUAUUUUAGUAGCAUUUUUUUGUUGUUCAUUUGACUGAUGUUUGUAACUUAUAGCAGCGGUGGAUAGUGACUAAGUACAUUUACAACCCUAUAUAUAUGUAAAUAUAUAUUAUUUAUUUUAUACUAAUUUAUACCUGUACUCCAUGACAUUUUAGGAGAACAUGUGUUUUUUCUUCCACUUAAUUAAUCUAAGCUGUAAGUACUGGUUUACAGGUUCAUAUUUUACAAACACAAACAAAAUGAUUAGAGAAAAGUGUAAACCAGCAGCAUGUGAAGUAGUUAAAAUUAGCUCCACCUACUGGAAUAGCAGUAAUAGUAAUAUAGUAAACAGUGUGAAAAAGGCCUUGUAGCAUACUUAUGUAUUUUUACACAAGUAAGAUAUUGAAUGCAGGACUUUUACUUGUAAUGGAGUAUUUUUAUAUUGCCAUCUGGGCCA